AUGGAUUUCUGGCAAAGAGCUCGGAGCUUCGCCGAGGAAGCCGCGAAGCGAUCACAGGAGCUGACUCAGGGAAUCGGCUCCACCAAUUUCUCCGACGUAGUAACGGAGGCGUCGAAGCGGUCCAAGGAAUUGGCCGCCGAGGUGUCGAUCAAGUCCAAGGAAAUUGCUGUUGAGGCAUCAAAGAAGUCGAAGGAGAUCGCGGCUGAAGCGUCGAAGAAGUCGAAGGAGAUUGCCGAUCAGAUCAAGUUUCAGAUUCCGCCGGUCGCCGUCUCCGCAUUGACUAACCUGGUAGAGUCGACUCAGAAGGGAAAUGAGGUUGAUCUGGAGAAAUAUGGGGUUACCGAUGAGCUUCGGCAGUUUGUGAAGGGGAUUACUCUGCAAACUUUUCAGGAUUUCCCGCUUGAAGAUGACUCUGAGAUGUCAGAUAUUCCUACUGUUUCAAAUAUUCGACAGGAUCUCACAGAGUGGCAAGCAACGCAUGCCAAGUUUAUGCUUUCGACGGUGAAGGAAAUCUCUAAGCUGAGGUAUGAGUUAUGCCCACGAGUGAUGAAAGAGAGGAAGUUUUGGAGAAUCUACUUUGUUCUAGUUAACAGUCAUGUGACACCGUAUGAAAAAGGGUAUAUGGAUGAGGUAAAGUUAAAAUCUGCUGAAAAGAUGUAUUUCUUCUCGGAGACCUUGAGGACAGUGACGAUGGUCCAGAUGGUGGUGAUGAUGGAUUUGACGAUGAUUUUGACAAGAUAUAGCUUGUCUUCUUAUGAUUCUGUGGAAGAUGAGAAAGGACAGCAGGCAAAGGUCAUUACAGUGACUGAACUGAUAAUGUUAAUACUUCUUACAAUUUUGGAAAAUACAACACUCUUAAAAGGAGGACCGUUUCAGAUGCUGAACAAAAAUACUGCUUCAGGAAAAAAAAUUGCAAGCAAUAGAUGUGAGAUUUGUUGGAGCAGGACCCUUGUGUUCGACAAAUGGAUCCCCGCUCCAUCCCAUUGGGAAUUUCCGGGAGGUGAGGUGGGGACCAUGUUUAUUAUUUGUUGUCCCUGCCCCGAUUACCUGGCUAACUGGGGAAUCCCUGUCCCGUCGGUACUGGGCAAUGCUGGGUGA